AAGCAUAGAAGCUGAACGGAACGUUCUAGGCAUUAAUGGUGAUCAGCUUUUAGCGGCUUCGGCUUGUUCAAAACAGUGCGUGAAAGCGUAAAAGUUUCGACUACCAGCACUUCACAAAAUCGCUAUGGAGGACGGCAAAGAGGAGCACCAGUUCGUUGUGGAUGAUGUGAGCAAGAUCAUCAAGGAAGCGAUCGAGACGACGAUUGGAGGCAAUGCUUACCAGCAUGAUAAAGUCAACAACUGGACCGGAUCGGUUGUCGAGAACUGCCUUAGCGUGUUAACUAAGCUACAGAAGCCUUACAAAUACAUCGUAACGUGCAUGAUAAUGCAGAAGAAUGGAGCUGGGUUGCACACGGCAAGUUCUUGCUAUUGGAAUAACGAAACUGAUGGUUCUUGCACAGUGCGCUGGGAGAAUAAGACGAUGUACUGCAUCGUAUCGGUGUUUGGACUUUCGAUCUAAUGGAAUGCAGUAACGUGUGCGGAUGAAAGAUUGAGGGGGUAUUUGCAAAUUUCCAGGAAAAAGAAAGCAGUCAAUUUGAUUGUCCAUUCAUUGUGCGUCUAAAAUAUCUUUUCUCACUCCUUUAUUACGAUGUAUAUUCCGCACAGCACCAGUUGUACAUUGUAGUAUAAUCCUCCGAUCGUAUGCAUAAGAAGGACAACUUUUCCCGUGUAAGAAAACGCUUAAACAAGUUUGUUGAGUUUAUUUAUUUUUUUUUAAUGGAAUAAUAUUCCGCAGUAGUACAUUCAUCGCUCAAGUGACAAAACUUACUAAUUCGUGUAUGGCAAUAUUUGUCCCUUGUAUGAGCGUUGUUCUUAUCUGCAUUAAUUUCUAAUAAUAUCAGCCCUUGAAAACAACUGAGCAGAAAAUCAAGCUUUUUUACGCUGUUGUGGCUUUUUGGCUUCCUCCUAAAAGCCAGUGUCUGACAAGUGGACAAGAUAGUGUGAUAUGCCCAAUGCAAAAAUCGAAUUACAACGUUAGUCAUAGGAAAUAGAGUACCGCAUUUUCCUACUCACUACUAUAUCGUGCAAGGCUGUGCAGCUGCACUGGGAAAUGGAGGAAAACAAGCAGCAACAACUAGUGAGAUAGUAAGCAGAUUGUUGAAGGCUAUAGCACAACUGAACAGAAAAAAAAAACGGAUACUAAUUGUGCUACGGCACAGCAGGUGACGGUUUGACGAAUAAUUGGCAAAAUAGAAUUUAAAAAUUUUCGUGUCCAUACAGCGAGAGAGAGGUGAAGAUAGGUUACAGUUAAGGUGAUGAAUGGUGUAGAGCUAUACACAAGAUAAAACGCAUUGUUUUCGUUGAGUUAGCCGAUAGAAGACGCGUUGAAUGAAGAACUAUUGCAUGAAGGAUUCACAAUAUACAUAGAAUAUAAGAUCUGAAACACAGAACAUUAUGUGCAUAACGUGCUGUAACUCACGAAAGAACACAGUUCUUAGUUAUUUUGGGAGUAUUUCUCCAUUGGUGGGUUUUCACUGUUCAAAUAAUUCACCGUACGCUUGUGGGUUGGUCGUGCAACUGGGGA